AUGGCUGCGGAAGCAUCCCCAAUUGUUAGUCUGCAAAUUUCUCUUCCUCAAAUGCUCGAUCUUGCUCUCGGAACGCCGGAGAUUGGCGUGGUUAACUUUAACAUUCUUCAUAAUUUCCUCCACGUCUUGUUGCAACAAAUAAAUUUACAGACUGCUAAAGUGGAGUACCGCGGUCAAAACGCGGAUCGUAUUAAAGCGAUGGUUCAAUCCUUAAAGCUAGGACCUGCUCUUUACCUGCAAGAAUACAACGUUACCGAUAGUACUGGUAAAGUAUCGCAACAAAUUCGAGAAGACGAUGCAGGGGUUGAAAUAUUUACAGAAGAUAGCGAACCACCUACGGAGGAAGAUUUAAAAGUAACGAAAGCAAUAAAACAACAAGUAACUCCUGGGAAGGAAGGCGAACCUCAGACAGUCAUAUUUGUGGAACCUGUCGUAAAUGGUUCUUCUCCUACAGCAUUAGCAUUCAAGGAACUCGAACAAUCUGUGAAACAGUUACAACAGCAGUAUCAAACUCUGGAGGAGUUGUCUACGUCUCCGGAAAUAGUCGAACGUUUAAAAGGCAGGAACGGAGAUCCUAUCGCAGAUGUGUGGCAAUUUAUCAACAUUAACAAAAGAUUAGAUGCGAGCGAACAAGGUAUCGAGAAGCUCACAACAAUGGUACAGGAUGUAAUUAAAGGCGAUAUUGAUGUAAUUACAACAGCAGACAUGUCGUUGAUUAACACGAGAUUGGAUGAACUCGAAGAAAAAGUUGCAAAGAUGGAACAGAAGCUCACUGAUUUGCAAACGAUUGCCGACUUACUGGAAGAUAUAUCGCCAACUGUUGAUAAUCUUGUAAUAGCAACAGCGGAAGCUGUAGAAACCGCAGCAGAGAAAGUUACAGAAAUCGCAGAAAUUGUAACCACUGAAGACACCGUACCAUUCCCUGAAAAAGAAGAACCGGCAAGGGAAAUUCCUAAAAUAGCAGCUGACAGAAUUUCCACACCAGUAGUUGACACAAUAUCAAAAAUGUCAGUCGACAGGUCAAAAAUUCGUAAAGAUGUCGAUACAUUGAAAGUGGAUGUAGCUGAGAUACAGCAAGAGUUGCAAGAUCUUAACGAAAAACUUGCACAAAGUGGAAUACUCACGAAAGUUGAUGUUGAUGUACUAGAGGUGCGAGAUAGACCUGCUGUUACAGAAGUGACUAAAGAUAAAAAAACAAUAGUUGAAGCGAAUGACAAAGCUUUGAGCGAUAUUACCCAACGCGUGAUUGCAUUAGAGAAAGAUAUUGACCAUUUGUCAGAAAAAGUGGAAGUUAUUCGAGCAGCUGAGAGAGCAGAUGACAUCGAUAUAAAUGUACUUGUUGAGAAAAUACAAGGAAUUGAAAUGGAUAUGGGGAGAAUCGGAGAAACGAUGGACAGACUGUUAGAUGACAAGGAGAAAAAAGAAACGCACAUUAAUACGUUGCUGGAACAAAUAGAACUUCUAAAAACCAUCAAAGCAGAUAAAGAAGAUAUCGAAGAUGCUUUGGCUGACAAAGCAGAUGCUCAAGCCGUUAACAGAAAGGUAUCAUACGAUCAAUUCGACGCAACCUGUGAUGAUCUCUCACGUGGUCUCGAAGAGGCGAUCGAUAAACUGACUAAGCAAGAAGCGAUUUGGCAACAAACGCUCGACGAGAUGCAGAACGAAAUUGCGGCAAAAGUGGAUAAAAUCGAGAUGACACCGUUGAAGGACUUUGUGACUAAUAAAUUGAAGUCGCUUCAAGAAAAGCUGAAAAUUAUGGCUGAGGCGAGGCGCGAGAUAGAGGCAGCUGGAACGAAGAAGUUACUCAGAGAUGUUCAGUGUAUAUCGUGCGACAAGGACGUCGUGAUGAAAACGGAGGAAGCUGCCAGAUUUCGUGCUGAACCAUUGCCUUGCACUAUCAGUAUGAAACCCUAUCUCACAUACAAGUUGGAUCAAGUUAGGAAGCAGCAGAAAAAAUUGCCUCACAGCAGAAAUAUGAUCCAAUUUGAAGCGGCAAUGCAGGAAGAAGCCAAGAAAAUAAAAGCAAAGGAAAAAUUACUCGCGAAGACUCCCAGAGAUCAUCUUUGUAAUCGAUAUUGCGGCGGGAGUCACACAGUCGUGACUCCUCGACAAAAAGUUAUGCGGGUAGAACAUUUCUUGACCCAAUGGGGACCCCAGACGAUACAAUUAACAGACGGUUUGAUAAAGGGGAAAGACGGUAAGAUGUAUCGUAGCCGAUUAAUGCCGGAUAAGCUGGACGUCUGCGAGCCAGCUUGCUGGGAGAGUCAAAUUAGCGAGGAAACUCGAUUUGCGGAACGUGCGCCAUCUUCUUCGACGUCGUUUUGUAAAUCUUCUUCAAUUCAACGAAAUAACACUGGAAAUGUUAUGGAAAAACGUAACGCAAGAAAACCAUCGAAGGAACCGAGGAUAUUGGAAUUGGCGGAGAAAUCGAUUGUAGAAGCGAGCCAAAUGACACCGCCACAAAAAAAUGUUGACGAACACCCGUUAUUUAUCCCAGCUGGACCUCAGGAUGAGAUCGUGCUUUACGAAAGUAACGAAGCGAUAGAGGGAAAAUAAAUUAAAUGAUAGUAUAUACUUAU